ACCUGCAUCAAAUCAUCAACCAGCCGGAAACGUUUCUAAUUUUGUAUUCUCAAACGAGCUGAUGACUUGAAAAUGAACGCACCAUUUACACUUCGCUGCUAUCGGGUGCGUCUUUCUUCGUCAAUACCGCGGUUCUACACUGUAAUCCCUUAAUAGCAAAUCGUUGUGCCAAGACCGCUGGUGGACCAAAAUUGAAAGACCACUUAUUAAAAUACUUCUACAGUGACUCACAGUCUCAUCAACAGACAACAAAAGUGGUUUAGCGUUGCAGUUACAAGCGGUAUACAACAGAACAAGGAUUAAAGUGGAACCAGGAAAUAAGGUUCAGGAUUACUUUUAAAGUUUCAUUAUAUCGUCAUUUUUUCUGCAUUUUUCCGGAUCUUCAGAAAAAGCUCGGUGCUCUUUCUCUGGUGUCAUUUCACAGGGGUUUGUGUGUCGUUUUACAUAAUAGACCGGAACUUGAACUGCACGGUGAUUCUGAUUGAGUGUUUGUAACGAGAGGACGCGUGAGUCAGAAUGCUUGAGACUGGUGUUGCAUUGUUUGUGAUGGCUUUGGCAAUCUGUCCCGCGGUCUUGUGCCCGUUGGGAUGGCGUUCGGGUCGCGAAUCUUGUUACCGCUUUACCCCAUCACCAGCCAGUUGGAAUGAUUCCCGCUGGGCGUGCUGGGAGAUGGGGGCCGAGAUGGCCGUUCCCUUGUCGCCCCAGGAAAACGAGCUCAUGAGAGAGAUGGCCGAAAGUGCAGGUCUUCAGAAAUUCUGGAUUGGCUGUAAUGGCCUGGACGUCAAGGGGAAAUGGAUGUGCGAAGAGCAAGAGAAGGGAGAGCCAUACCUAAAGUGGCGGCCUGACGAAUUGAAUGUUAAUGACUACCAGGACUGCGCUGUAGUACUCUCCAACAGCAAACGUGGUGGCGUCGUGAAUGACCGGUACUGCACCCAGCUGAUAGUGGCCAUGUUUGUCCGUCGAGGCCUUUGUGUCGAUCACCCCGGUCCAUCUACCUGUGAGUACCGACCAGCUCUUAACAGUUUCUACUGCUUCCCUGCAGACACCAACAGACAGCUUCUCAACUCCUGCCUCUUCGAUCACGUCAUCAGAGAGUUUGUUACCGAGAGCAACCCCAGCUGCACCUCGGCCUGCAUCAUGGAGCCUGCAUGUCGCUCCUUCAACAUCAAACUCAGUGACCAAGGACAGGCAUUCUGUCAACUCAGUAAUGCAACACGCUGCGAUGACCUGGACAAGUUCCAAGACGUGAAUUUUAUCUGCAACUGCGCCCAGGAGUGCGUCGAUUAGUCCCUAUUGGCAGCCAUACGCUCGGUCCAAUAAAAAAUAAGAGGAAUCCGGAUGGUAUUAAAAUGUCACCACACAAAAUCAACUUGACUUAACUAUGCCUUCAGAAAGCGCAAAUCUCUCUCGUUCUACUCCUAUCAUAUUUAUGAAGUAAGGGGAGCAGACAGUCCGUCAAGCAAACAGGGCGGUUUUCUUUUCACUGCUAUUAUUUUUGUCGCAUCCGAACUUGGGCUAAAAUUUAACUGGACGAACGACGCCACUUGCUCGGAAAAAUUUUGUCUACUGAAUACCACCACUGACUUUUUUUUUCAUUAAAGAAGCGUUGUGUGCCCGGUUCAUGACAAUACGAUAGUUUGGACAUUGGUGUGUUUUAUUAUGAAAUUAUUCAAUGUAACAAUAGGAACAAACAGUAGUAUGUUUUCCUUGCAUAAUUUGAGCGAAGACGCAGUCUUGUAACAGUUGGUGGAACACCGGAAGUUAUUCUACAGAGUACAGAUAUUCCCAACCAAUUCUGCACUUCUUUCAUUAAAAUUGCUUCAAAGAAAGUUUAAUUUUGUCAAAGAGGGAUCCCUCGCCUCAAAUGUUGAAUCCAAUUGUUUAAAUAACACCACUAGAUUUCACUUUCAGUUCAUUGCAGUUCACGAAAGAAAGCAUUAUUAUUUGUCAUUUUUAUAGUAAUUUUUGUCUCACUCCGGCAAUGGCGUUGAAUUGGAAAAGUAAAUUCGUCUUUUAUCAUUCA